GUCCUUGAUGCUUUGAAUGGCAAGCAAGGAGUUACUGAGUGUGCAUUUGUCCAGUCAGAUGUCUGUGGCACUGGUUAUUUUGCACAACCUGUAGAGCUUGGGGUAGGUGAUUGUGCCUUUUCAUGAUUGCUCUUUUUAGUUGCAUUCUGUUUCCAUCCUUUUUCUUUAGGGAGUCGGAGGGGGCAGGGUGGGCAUCUUAGGGGAGAGGGCUACAGAAACAAGUGGGAGUGGGAGGGGGUGGAAUAAGUGGAUCAGGUUGCUACCCUCUUAGGGAGAGACGUACAGAAACAACAGAUGGAUGUCUCUUUGUAGGUUUCUGAUUUUUGUAUCCUGGCCUAUAUUUUGCUCUGUUUUGUUUUGUUUUGUUUUUUUCACUGAAUAGUUUUACCAUUAUGCGGUGAACAGGGAGUUAUGAUUUGAUCAGUUAGAUUGAUAUAAUAGGCACUCAGGAUUGAUAGCAUUAUCUAGAAUUACUUUCUUUAACUAUCGGAUUUUGUUAUAAUAUCUGAUAUUCUUUUUGUAUCUGCUUUCAAAUAGCCAAAUGGUGUAAAGAAUGCCCUCGGUUAUGGAAAACUUUCUGCCUAUGAAGAAAAAAAGCUGGAAGAGGUACGUGGAAGCUGAUUGUCAGAGUGGUUUUCACUUGGAUAUUUUAAAGGGGCUACGUGACGUGAUAUGCUAUCUUUAAAAAUGCUGAAACUUCAGGUCUUCUUCAGGUCAAAUGAAUUCCAAAACUAAUGGUCCAGUUUUGUUAAGGCUAUAUUUAGGCACUGAAACUGUUUCCUGUCACCUGUAGAAACGGAUGGCAAGGAUGGACAUAGAUUGAAACUUGAAAAAGCUGGCUAACUUUUUCAAGUUUUAAAGCUAUGCCUGCAAAAAUCACCAAAAAAUUAUUAUAGAUAUAGAGGAUAUUACAUGGCCGCGCGGAGAUACGAAAUUUCUCUUCCAGUGUUGAAAAAUAUUUCACGAGUGAGCGCAGCGAACGAGUGAACUAUUUUCAACACGAGAAGAGAAAUUACGUAUCUCCAAGCGGCCAUGUAAUGUUCUAUUUAUUAUAUAGACACUAAUGAAAUACCAAACCAUUUUAAUGAAAGGCACGAUUUAUUAUGUAGCCAUAGCAACGGUGAUAUUUUCACAUGUGAAGAUAACAUGUUAUUUUCACAUGUGAAGAUAUCAACUUUUCGCGCGAAAGCUCACCCGGUAUUUCAUUGGUGUUUAUAUAAUAAAAAUUAAUAGUGCUCUCGUAUGAAAUUUGUUUGAUGUUAUUUUCCUCAUAACUCAACAGGAACAGUAAUGACUUUAGCACAGCAUUGACCUUAAACAGCUCUAACCUCUUCACAUGGCCUCUUUAUAUGAAAACCCUUUAUUUAAGCCCUUCACUUUUAGUAUUCCUUUUGCUUUUUGCACUUUCCUCUUUGGGCAUAUGACAGUGCUAACAAUUAACACUUGCAAACUUGAAAAUGUGAUUGGUUUUUGUAAGUUGGGAGUAUAGUAAACAUUUGGGAGUGAUCAAUUUUCCAGUAACAAUGUGAGAAAGGAAAUGUAUGUUGUUAAAGAAUUUGUGGAAAAAUGGCUAUGUAUAAAAAUUGAAUAAUACAAGAGAAAGUAGGUAGGCUUCAUGUCACCCACUGGUCAUUCCUUUUGUGUACAGAGGUGGCCAUGUUGUGGAGGUAGGGAUUGUGCGAAGUUUGGUAUCUUAGGACCGGAACUACUGUACGAAAUUAAGAGGCGUCUGUGUUAUGAACUUUCUUUAAGCCAGACAGGUUUGGGACCGUCUGAGAGAGUUGUCCAUCUUGUAUAAAGUCAAAGGAAUGGACAAAGGAAAAGGAGGGACCAACUCUAGGUUUCCGUUUUAGGCAUUUGUCCGGCUUGUAGAGUUGUCCAUGAAGAGGUAGUUGAAGAACAUUUAUAUCAUGCAGACCAUUCGUCAAAUGGUCGCCCACUACAGGUUAAAACGUGCGGGAAAUUAUCAAAUCUUCAAUCCAAAAAGUGAUCGUGGUGGCUUGCUAUAGGUGGUCGUUUAUGAGAGGUUCAAACUACAGGCUUUUGACUAGGAAAAUGUUGGUGGGAAGUGUUUAGCUUACGAGAGGUGGUCGCACAGGGAGAGGAAUGACUGUAUAUGGAUCUAAAAUCAGAUCAUGCAUCAUAUUCACGCGACAUUUCUCUUUCUCUGAUUUGCAGUUGAUACCUGAGCUGAAGAAGAACAUCAAGAAGGGUGAAGAGUUUGUUUUAGGAAAGUGA